AUGGGUCUGAAAGCCUUCCUUAAGAAAGAGCACAAAGCGCCCUCGAACGACGAUGUUGCUUCUCACACGACCGCAUCGGAGAAGGACGAUAUGGAGCAGGCAUACGGACACAACACCGACAUCACCACGGGAUGGACAGGUGAUGGAUUCGCUGGUGCGACAGAAUACCCAAACACUCCAGGAGAGAAUUACCGUACAUUGGGUCGAUGGCGAGCGUGCGUCAUUCUGAUCACGAUCGAAGUCGGAAUUGGUAUCCUGAGUUUGCCCUCCGCUUUGAAGACGCUCGGCCUGAUACCCGGAAUCAUCGCAAUCCUUGGAUUUGGUAUCUUGACAACCUACUGCGGAUACAUCCUUCUCCAAUUCUAUCGAAGAUACCCCAUGGUUACGAACUUGGUCGACUGCGCAUUAUACGUCGGAGGCAAGCCAUUCGAAACCUUCCUCGGAAUUGCCUUUGUUUUCAACCUUGUUCUCAUCUGCGCUUCCGCCAACAUUACUCUAUCGGUAGCUCUCAACACGCUGUCGCGCCAUGCUCUCUGCACGGUGGCUUUCCUGGCGUUUCCUCACAUCCUCUGUUGGCUACUCUGCAUCCCACGAAAGCUCUCUUUCGCCGCCGCCGCUAGCUGGGUAUGCACGAUCUCUAUUGUAGCUGCGGUCCUAAUCGUUAUGAUUGCACUUGGUGUUGCUGGACCAAACGCCCCACCCGGAUUCGAGGUUUCGAUAGAUUUAGUUGGGAAGCCGACUUUCGUCGAGGCCGUAAAUGCUCUGCUGAACGUCGCUUUCGCUUUCGCCGGAAACCAAAGUUUCAUCAGUGUCAUGGCUGAGAUGAGAGACCCAUCCAAAGACUUCCCUCCUGCGCUCUUUAUGCAGAAAUCUUUCGAAGUGGUCAUCUACAUCGUAGUCGCCUGUGUCAUCUAUGGCCUUGCAGGCAAUGCAGUCACAUCUCCCGCGCUCGGCUCGGCUCCCGAAUUGACUGCCAAGAUUGCUUACGGCAUUCUUAUCCCCUCGGUGCUGGGAACUGGUCUGAUUAUUGGCAUUACGGCCAUCAAGUUCAUGUACAUUACUAUUAUGCGAGCUGCAAAGCCUGAGCAGGUAAACGUCCACAACACGUUCACCUGGACUCUGUGGAUCGGCCUCGGCGCCCUGUUCUGGAUCGUAUCCUUCGUCAUCUCCAACGCGAUUCCAAUCUUCUCGUCGAUUCUCAAUAUCUCGUCCGCCAUCUUUAUCUCAUGGUUUACGUUUGGACUCACGAGCAUCUUUUGGCUGCAUCUGAACUGGAAGACGCAAUGGAGUACACCGCAGAAGAAGGCCCUGGCUGUUGUCAACUACGGCAUCAUGCUUAUGACCAUCUUUCUGAUGGUGGGAGGAUUAUACACAUCUCUGAAGGCGCUCAUCGACAUCUACAACGAUCCUGAUAGCACCUUAAACGGACCGUUCACUUGUGCGGAUAAUAGCAUAUUUUAG